UCAUUUAAUAGAGUCACAAAUCACAAGCAAGCAAUACAAAUCACAAGCAAGCAAUACACAACUCAUAGUAUAGCUUCAUUAAACAUGAGGAAGUGUUUAUUCCUCUUAUCUCUCUGUUUGCUUCCAUUUGUUGCCUUUUCAUCAACUUUCACUUCCGAAAAUCCUAUUAAACUACCCACUACUACUACUACUACUUCUUCUGCUAAUAACAAUUUAGUACGAGUAGAAGACUGGCACGGUGCAACACUUGAUAUUCAUGGAAGUUACCGCAUCGUUUCCGAUGAAUGGGGUGCCCUAGGUGGUGAUGUGUACCUAGGUCCCCUCCCAAAUUCAGCUGCCCCUUGUCCUGACGGAGUGUUAAAGUACAACUUCUCUGGCCAAGCUAGAGGUACACCCGUCAGAUUCAUCAAGACUGAUAAUAAUAGACCUAUAUUUAUCUUUGAAAACCAAGAUGUUAACAUCCAGUUCGUUACGAGAACGUGUGUGAAUUAUACAGUUUGGAAAGUCGGACACAACGAUGCCUCUCUAGGGGUGAGGUUUUUGGAGACUGGUGGAACCAUAGGCCAAGAAGAUAGUAGUUGGUUCAGGAUUUUUAGACCACCACAAGGGCCACGCAGGCGGUACUUCUUAAUGCAUUGCCCUGGUCCCUUUGCUUGUCCAUCUUGCCCUAUUGAUCGUUGUCGAGCAGUGUGGGUGGUUCUCCAAAAUGGAAGGAGGCGUUUAGCUCUCGUGAACGACCCAAGUGCGCCUUCUCAACAACUCCGUUUCCGUCUUCGUGUGUACUUCAACAGCAGAUAAAUAAACCUGCGCGCAGAUUACUACGUUCUAGCAUCUUAGCUUUCUAAAUAAACCCCUGCUUCUAAGUAAUAAUAUAUUUGAGCAUGGCUUUCUUAAUUAUAUAUGUUUUUUUCCUUUUGGAAUUGAUUAUCUGGAAUUUUUGUCUUUAAGAGUUUUAAGACCUAGGAAUGUGUAGGGAUCUUAGUAGCUCAGCUGAUUGGUUACCUGAACUUUCACCUUGUUGAUAAGAGUUUGAAUCCUCACGUUGUAA